UCACGAGCGUGCGUGUUCACACUGCAGCAGCAGCACGAGCGCCAUUAUACGUUCUGCAAUGAGCGCGUGAGACUGCAGGCCGCGAGACGAUUCAUCGAAUUUAUCAAGACGAACUCGAGCUAAAGUCGCGUUUUAACGCACGGACCGAUCGCGUCACUUUAAAUGUGUGUCGAUUGACCUUCAGCAUCAUCCAUUUUGAGCCACAAUGACGACCAGCACCAACGUUAUUCAAGUGACGAAUGUGUCGCCGAGCAGCACCGCGGAACAGAUGAGAACACUGUUCGGAUUCAUCGGAAUCAUCGACGAACUCAAACUCUUUCCACCCGAUGAUUCUCCCUUGCCUGUGACUUCACGUGUGUGUUUUGUAAAGUUCCACGAGCCGGAAUCGGUGGGCGUUUCCCAGCACCUGACCAACACCGUCUUCGUGGACCGAGCCCUGAUCGUCGUGCCUUUCGCUGAAGGCGUGAUCCCUGACGAAUCCAAAGCUCUGUCGCUGCUCGCCCCUGCCAAUGCUGUCGCCGGACUUCUGCCAGGAGGAGGACUUCUCCCCACGCCCAACCCCAUGCCAUCUAUUGGUGGAGUAACUCUGGGUAGCCUCGGGGGGGCUAGUUUGGACCCCAUGACGGCCCUGGCCAUGGCAGCACCCAAUUUGAAUGCACAGUCUUUGUCAGCGGAGCAGUUAAUGAAGCUGAUGGCAUCGAUGGAUCCAAAGCUUAACCCUCUCGCCGCUGGACUCAAUCUGACUCCUGGACUGAAGGCAGACGCUUCGAGUAAAGAGAUCGAAGAAGCCAUGAAGAGAGUGAGAGAGGCUCAGUCUCUGAUCUCUGCAGCUAUUGAGCCCGGAAGUAAAAAAGAUGAUAAACGAAAGCGAUCCAGGUCCAGAUCCCGCCGUAGGAGGUCCAGGUCUCGCUCGAGACACAGGCGUUCCAAGAGUCAUUCCAGACGAAGAUCUCGCUCGAGGAGCAGGAGGAGGUCAAAGAGCCCCAGGAGGAGGAGGUCUCAUUCCAGGGAUCGCAGCCGGCGCUCCAGGUCCAGGGAUCGCAGGAAGGAUGAGAAGAUCAGGAAACGCUCUAAAACCCCACCGAAGAGUUACAGCAGCGCCAGACGCUCCCGCAGUACCAGCCGUAAACGACACAGGAAAAGUCGCAGCUUGUCUCGUUCACCUCCAAAGAAGUCCAGAUCCCCCAAGAAAAAAGUGUCCCGCUCGCCGUCCCCCCGCAGACAUAAGAAGGAGAAAAAGAAGGAUAAAGAGCGCGAGAGAGAACGUGACCGAGACCGUAAAGACGAUCGGCACAGAGAUCUCGACAGAAAUCGGGACAAACGGGAACGUUCUGCCAGUAAGAAGAGCAAAGACAAGGAGAAGGAGAGAGACAAGGAGAGAGACAAGGAGAGAGACCGGAAGUCUGACAGUGAGAAGGCUGAUGUCAAGGUGACCCGGGAUUAUGAUGAAGAGGAGCAGGGCUACGACAGCGAGCGUGAAUUAGAGCGAGAGAGGAACUCUGAUGCCGCCUCAUCGCCGCCGGUCAAGGAGCCUCAGGCAGACAGCGCAGAUGACGCAGGCCGCGGUGAGUCAGACGGCAACAGUGAUGACCAGCGGGACGAGGACAUGGAUAUGAGCGACUGAAGCCACGCCGUCCCCCUCAUCAGUGUUCUUUGUGUUCAGUAAUCUGGAUGGGUGAUCCGAGAUCAGUCUGGAAACGUCUGCGAACUGAUUCAUUCCUGUUUGUUUUUUAACAUCAGAGUCCGAAUCUGCUGUAUUUACUGGUACAUGCCCGUCUUAAAUAUGUACUCCCGAUGUUUUAGAGCCGUUUCUUUCCUCAUGGCUAACGUGGAAGUGUGUUAUACUGUAUAUUUAGCCUCCGCAGUCGGUUUCUUCCUGAACAAAAUCCACCGUGUGUUGGUCAGUUUGGAGUUUCUAUUUAAAGCAGUUACCCUUGAAUUAAAGUGCUUUGAUAACAUUGUCAGGCAGUUUUUUAGGCCGUCUCAUUUUUUUGUUUUUUUAUAUAUAUAGCUUGUGUUUGAUGGGAAAUGUUUGUCUUUUUUAAAGUAUCGGAACGUUUGCAGUACUGUAUGUAAACUGUUUUCCUUUGGCAGGUCAUGAUAGACUAAUAUUAGACCGUUCAGGUUUCUGUGAUAAACACACCGGCUUUAAACUGUAGUUUAUCUGUACUGUUUGGAAUGUUCAGAAAUUGAAAAUAAAAUGUUGGGCUCCUUUUUGUCCCUUCAAAACCACA